AAAGACCUCCUGAAAACCAGGUCAGAGUUCAAGAAUGUACAGUUACGAGUGACUGAGAGGAACAGAACAACUUCUCUGUGUCAAUGUUCCCGAUCGAUGAACAACACAAGGAAAGGCUGACCCAACUCUAUGCUGUACAGAGACGAGAGAAUCUUAUAAUCGCAAGAUUCUCACGUUAUGCUACACUUGAACUCCGGGAUUUAAAAAGCCUUUGUCCACCUCAUCUCCUACAAGACUCAGGAAAGUGUGAGAUGCCUUGGCUAACUGACAAUGCUGUAAGCUGUCGGCUUGCACAAAUAGCUGGAGAGGCACAAAAUGUUGUGGCUUUGUCAACAGACACCUUCAUUUUAUGGCACAGAGACUGGAUAGCCUCCAAAAAAAAUUAAGAAUCACAUGUAAAAGUGCUUGAGAAUUCCCAGAAAAUCCUUUGUCCACGGAUUGUUGGAAAAGGAGAUUCACCAGAGAAGGGGUGCCACUUCAUCAUUUGGGUUUUUGAUGUGCCAGCAAAGGAGAUCAGAAUUUAUGACAACACACAACAAUACGUCACAAUUAGAAAUUCUGACAUGGACAUCCUCAAGGAAGCUUUUAAACAGUAUGAGUCCCUAGAGGGCUGGACUGUAUCUAAUCCACACCAAUGGACCAAAAAUGAUGGCUACAACUGUGGAGUUUUUGUUUGCACGAUGGCAGAGAUGGAAGCAAAACAUCUCAAAAUGUGUCCUGAAGUGCUGCACACUGGACAACUUCUACAUCUUCGGAUUUACCAUGCCACAUGUAUGGUGAAAAAUCUGCAAACUGAGGACUUUCCACCUGAGAUGGGACUGGGGGAUGGUAUAUCUGAAAACAGAUGUAUGGCCCAGGACAUUAAAGUUUGCGUUUUUCAAAAAGUGGGGAAAAAAGCCAUGCAUCCACAUGUGAAGGAGGUGGAAUGGAUUCAGUGUGACAUCUGCAAUGGAUGGUUACACACGGACUGUGCCGGCAUCAUACCUGCAACAGUCACAAAAGACACACCAUUUAGCUGUGGAUGCAACAUGCAACAGCCAUACCUUUAUGAAAGUACAUUGUCACUCAUAAAGAAGGGACUUUUGGUCAACCUCGUAAUGGAAGACCACGAAAUAAUGAACAUACACAACAAUAUCACAACAGGGGCAGUAAGAUCCAACAGGAUGUAUCUGCAUGUUCAUCCCUAGGGGUGUCACGAUUCUCUAAAUCCUCGAUUCGAUUUCAUUUUCGAUUUGAGGGUCACGAUUCGAUUCGAUUCUCGAUUUUCUUGUUUUUUUUUUUUC